CAACAGGCACAACCACAACCAAAACAAACAACCUCACAACGGUAUCACCUACCGCGAUACUUACCACACGAAGUACGCCAAAAUUUUCAGCGACGAACAUGUUGUCCAGUGCACAUAUGAUAUCGAGCGUAACAACAACUGGUUUAGUUUCACGAAGUUAUUCAAUGAAUUUCACGGCAACACUAAGCCGUAAAAUUUUCACCAGCCGUAAAAUUACAACAUUUGAAGUGACCAGAAUGUCGUCACCAGUGACUGAUGACGUAUUAAUACCAUCGUCGACCUUAUCAACUGCUGUUUUCGAAUCAUCUUCCUCCACUGCGAUGACAACCAUCGAUUCAAUUCAAGAAGUGGUGACACCAAGCACAACCACAGCAAUGCCCGCUGCAUCCGUGUCGUUCACUGUUACAGCAGAAUCAUCACCAAGUUACACCACAUCUGCUAUUUCACCAACAAAUAAUACCCUACAACUCGUGACAUCUCAUUAUUCUAUCAGGACGUCAAACAAUUCAACAAUCAAUGACUUUGUACCAUCCACAAUUGUCGCAUUGCCACCUAGGAAUGAAAUGUCUACAAUGGUAUCAUCUUUGACAUUCAGAAUGGUCAGGUCUGACUCCACAUUGAUGGCAAGCAGCAACUCAACUCGAACUGUUCCAAUGCCCAGUAUAUCUGGGCCGUACACUCUUAGAGCAAUAAUAUCACCAAGUUCUUCCAAGGCUUCUAUUUCACCAACAAAUGAUUUCCAAACAACCAUAUCAACAAUUGUGGCAUCAUUUUCGGUCAAUACAAAGAAAACAGCCACAUCACCUUCUACCUUGGAAAUGACUGGCGUCGAAUCAACUGUCUUCAAUACAAUGUCAAAUAGAGAUUUUACGCCAACUCUAACAUCACCUUUUGUGGAUAAAACUACAUUAGGCGCGUCUGCCAUGUUUAGUUCACGUUACUCGAUUGAUACUACAUUAUCGCUCAGUAAAAUAACCACUAUGAACAACUUUACGUCACCGCCAUCCUUUAUAAUGUCGAAAUUUUCCACAAAAGCGAAUACUUCCUUUACAACUACAGGAAUUGGUAGCAUGAUAUCAAGUUAUCCAACUAUGGGAUCUCUUACGAAAACAAUAGCAAAGAGCAGUGCAGCAACAAUAGCAGAGACCAGUUCAAUGAUGGAAUCAAGUUAUCCAAAACUGACUGCAACACUGACUGAUUCUAUAUCCGAAGUUUAUUCGACGUCGCUAAUGACUGCUGUCAGAUCAACAACCCACAUGGACACCAUCACGCCAACUGUGGCACUACCAGGUAAAACAAACAGGGCACCUGUACCAUCAACAAAUCCAUUUAUUAUGUCACCAAGCUUAAGUUAUGACUACUUGUCUACAACUAUCGAGGGACAUAAUAUUACAACAACCAAACUGGCAUCAAGUUUAAACGUGACGGAAAUAUUGACGGAUUAUUCACCAAAAACCACUUCUACGUCAACAGUGACUGUUAUCCGAUUGUCAAGCUUCACUGAGAAGCUAACCACGAUAAAUGCGUCUCGCGGUGGAUCAGAACUGUCCGCCAAGACAUCAAGGUAUCCCUACAUUACCCUGACUCCAACGAGUAGUUACCAGGCAACUAUGGUAUCCCAGCAUUCAACAAUUUCCUCCCGUCAUUUAACAUACUCUCUUUCAACCAGUAAUACUUCCAACUUGGGAGAAGUUAUGUCAUCAAUUUCCCUAAACGUGACUAAAUCAUCAACUGAAUAUAUACCAGCAUCAUCUUCGAAACCGUUGGUAACUGGUUCCAGAUCAUCAAGCUUCAUUCUGAUGUCAACUAGAAAUGUGUCGAGAAAUGGGUUAAUAAACGUAACCUCAAAAAAUGAUUACCAAAGUCCCAUCUCAUCCCAACAUUCAACAGUACUAUCUCAUGAUCAAGAAAAUCCCUCAACUACGCGUAACUUGUUCACAAGUACUAUAAAAGCGUUUAACGAAUCUCUUACAACAUCGAACUUGGUAGAAGAGAUUAAAUCAAGUUUUCCAACCAGCAUUGAAACAUCGAAUUAUUAUCUUUCAAAAACACCCGUGACAACCCCAACGGCAAGUGUGAGAUCAUCAAACCACACUGUGACGGUAGCUGUGACGGUCAGCGCAACAACAAGAACGCACAAUAUAUCUAAGCCAGCUACAAAGACAAUUGUGAUACCAUCAUAUCAAACUCUGUUCCCCAGUUCGACAGGAGAUAUGGCCUUUGGCAGCUAUCCGCUUCCCACCAGUAUGCCAGCUAGUACCUUCCCAAUUCCAAAUGUAACAUUUUAUAUGUCCAGUUUGACGAAUAAUUUGACCUUACAAAGUUCUCAAAACAAAAAUCUCUCACAAGCCGGUACUGCAACGGGCAUGGUUAAAUCUAUUACGUCAUCGUCAGCGCUGGUUUUUACAAAAGUAUUUCGUGUCAUUUCGUCAACAACGAUAGCCUUGUCCACUACCAGUAGAUUCAAUGCAUCAGAUUAUAAAUCUAUAUCUUCAAGAUUUGCAACAACGUCUUAUAGGGCUACGCCGAGCACAAGUUCGCUUCAGGUAAACACUGAAGUGCCGAAAUCUAUGAUUUCAACAUUUACACUGAAGGAGACUCCUGUAGAAAACAGCCCCUCGCCUUCAUUAGCCUUGUCUACUACCAGUAGAUUGGAUGCAUCAGAUUAUAAAUCUUUAUCUUCACACGCGACAACGUCAUAUAGGGCUACCCCAAGCACAAGUUCGAUUCAGGUGAACACUGAAAUGCCGAAAUCUAUGAUUUCAACAUUUACAUUGAAAGAGACUCCUGUACAAGAGAGUUCCUCGCCUUCAUUAGCCUUGUCCACUACCAGAAGAUUGAAUGUAUUGGUCUAUAAAUCUAUAUCUUCACAAUUCGCGACAACGUCAUAUAGCGAUACGCCAAGCACAAGUUCGAUUCUGGUAAACACUGAAGUGCCAAAAUCUACGAUCUCAACAUUUACAUUGAAAGAGACUCCUGUACGAAACAGUUCCUCGUCUCCAUUAGCCUUGUCUACUACCAGUAGAUUGAAUGCAUCAGAUUAUAAAUCUUUAUCUUCAAGCACAAGUUCGAUUCAGGUGAACACUGAAAUGCCGAAAUCUAUGAUUUCAUCAUUUACAUUGAAGGAGACUCCUGUACAAGAGAGUUCCUCGCCUUCAUUAGCCCUGUCCACUACUAGAAGAUUGAAUGUAUCGGUCUAUAAAUCUAUAUAUUCACAAUUCGCGACAACGUCAUAUAGCGAUACGCCAAGCACAAGUUCGAUUCUGGUAAACACUGAAGUGCCGAGAUAUACGAUCUCAACAUUUACAUUGAAAGAGACUCCUGUACAAAACAGCUCCUCGUCUCCAAUAGCCUUGUCCACUACCAGUAGAUUGAAUUCAUCAGAUUAUAAAUCUAUAUCUUCACGAUUCUCGACAACGUCAAAUAGCGAUAUCGCAAGCACAAGUUCGAUUCGAGUAAACACUGAAAUGCCGAAAUCUAUGAUUUCAACAUUUACAUUGAAAGAGACUCCUGUAAAAAACAGCUCCUCGCCUGCAUCAAUAUAUUCGUCAACUGUGUUGGUAGCAGUCAGUAAUGUUGUCACUCAAACAGCAAGCUCCCAUAAAAUUACUCCUAAUUUGAGUGUAACUUUAUUCUCCAAAAUCAAAUCUUCAAUGGUCUUCCCAUCAACAACAGACACUGCAUUAUCUACUCACACGCCAAGAGUGAGGUUUACCCAAACCUUUACUCCAUCAUUACGUUUCACGUCAGUCCCCACGGCAGUUACUUCUCGGGAGAUUUCAUCGCCCUGGAUAUCAUCUUCUUCUCCCUCGCAGUCAUCAAAUCCAUCGUCAGAAGUCAGAUUAUCAUCAUUGGAUCAAAAAUCUGACCAGUCUUUGAUUCAGCUGCCCAGUUCCACACCAUUGGUUGAAUCUUCAAUGAGCAGUUCGUUGUCGAGCGAAAUAUAUUCUACGCUUUUUAAUCCAGAAUAUAAGACUUCGGAAUAUUUGACAAAAAGUGUUACAAGUAUAAGUCAAAGUGUUUCGUCUCCUGAAUUGACAGUUACCUCGGAGAAAGGGUCAGUGCCAAGCAUGAAAUCGUCGAUGACAUUAGUUACAGCAACAAUAUCAGUGCAAUCACAAAUGGACAGCACCAGCAGCUCGAGUCGUGCUCACAUUACUAGUUCUCUAGCUUCUGUAACUUCGAAAGAUGAUGCAAAAUCCAUAUUCAGCAAAAAAUCAUCAAUCCAAAAUACAAGAAUGACACAGCCAUCUCUCUCCACUUUAAGUAGAAGCUCGAUUUAUUCCUACAAACAGCUUUCUAGUUCAGUGUUAUUGGAAGUAACUUCAACGAAAGCCACCAGAAAAGUCUCCUCCACACUGUCUAUUAGAGCUUCAACUUCAUUUUUAAGUUCUAGAGGAAAGAUCACAACCAAAGCAACAAGACUAUCUGAUGUAUCAUCUCUUUCAAACACAGUUGUUCAGACAAGAUAUCUAGAGAGUGCUUCAGAUAUUCCAUCGUGCAUAACAUGUUUUCCAACACAACAAACUUCAAAAGCGUAUAUUACAUCGUCCAGCAGUGUUGUAACUCGAAGUAUCGCCGUAGAAUUCAAAAUUCAAGUAAUACUUUUGAUUCCAAUUAACGUUAAAGUUAAUGACAAAGAUUUCAUACAAAGUUUGCAGAAAAAAUUGGAAGACCUGUACAACUUUGGAUUAACACUUUUAACCUCUUCUCGUAAACGACGUGCUCUAGGCGAGGGGAUUUUACCUGGCAAUAAAUUGGGAAAGUUUUCCAGACUACGUGAUUUAUUUAAAGAAGAUUUGAAUUCUCAAAUGAAAGCAGACAACCGUCGAUUUCGACGACAAACAACAAAUAUCACAAGAGUGGAGAUUGUUAAUGUCACCCGUCGAGCAGGCAGUGAAGAUGUACGGGUUACUUUUUAUGUCACCUCGGGGAAUUCAUUAGUACCAGCGAAAGACGCCGCAAAGACCUUGAAUGCACCAUCCACUGCUGACAAAGUCGCGAAGUUGGGCUAUUUGGUGUCAGGGAAAUUUUCGGAAGCCGCUAAUCCUGUGGAAACCGAGGAGAAAAAAAAAGAUGACGAGACUUUGUUGAUAGUCCUUGCCGUCUGUAUUCCAGUUGCAUUUGUUUUUGCUGCUUGUCUGAUUAUCAAAUGCAAUAAGAAACAGAGAAGAUCCCGAAAACUAAAGCUUAACAAAGUGUCGUUCGAACAACCAACCUCAAAUGGGAAAAUUAAUGCUCCUGAAAGCAGUAUUGAAGAGAGAUAUACCCAUGCGCCAACGCUACCGAUGAAAGAUUAUCCAGAUGUGAUCGUACAGACGCCAGCAAGAAAGAAACAGAGAACAAAGAAGGCGAAAACAACUAAACGUUUGAAAACGGAAGACGAGAUGGAUGGUCAAUCUGGUUUGGCUGGCGCAUUUGAAAACAUCACACGUAUAAGUUUUGAAGGUCCUUCAAACGUUGCCAUUGAUGAUAUCCCUCUUCGGCUACGUCCGGCAGUGAGGCAGGAUACCGACGUGAAGAAGCCAGCCAGUAAAGAUAUUGUUGAGGAUUCCGGGGUUCCUCGCUCGUGGAUAGAGAGUAAAAACAGAGUUGACAUGAUGAGCAGGAAGAGUGAAAGAGAAAUGGACGAAGAAGUUACGGCUGAUGCGACAUACAACGAUAAAGAAAAUUAUAUGGAACAAUCAGAUGAUACCAUGCAAAUUAAGGCCAACAUAGAGAAAUGGCGGAAUAAAAUGAGACAAAGAGAGCGAAGGAAAGGACGAAAACGUGAGAAAAAACGCACUGGGGAGAAUAAACUGAUCGCGUUGGAAGAAAAGAAGUUAUCAAGGCGUGAAUGGCUUAUGGCACAACCUGAGAUUCAAGCAAUUCUUGAUGGUGAAGAUUUAGCCGCAUCAACCUCAUCAUUAAGAAAAAAGAAAUAUCGACGAGAGCGUUCGCACCAGUCAAAGAAGCAUCUUUACAGCGAUAGCGACAGCGAGGCUUCGGCAACACCAGUAAAAAGACACCAUCGUCGACGCUUUGCACAAAGGUCUACGCGUCGAGUACAUCCUUCUGAGAGCGAUGGUGUUCGUUUGAUUGCUGUUAGACCAAGGAAGCCCCUCGUAUACGCUUUUGAAGAGCCGGGACUUGAACAAGAAUUUCAGCAGCGGUACAUGCCACCUGAAGACAACAGUGUUCCUUUGCAAGCGCCAACAGAACCUGACGAAGAAAGGCCGUUUGGAGACGAAUAUGAUCAUCCAUUGGAUAGUGUGUACGAUGAAGAAUUCUACGAUCCAUACGUACCGGAAUACAGCGAACCACGGUACUAUCCACCUCCAAGAACAGAAUAUGUUAUCGCAGAGGCUCCUAUGGCCUUCGAACAACCGUUCCCAUGGAGAAUGCACGAGACAUCAUUCUGUGGGACAACCCGCACGCCACAUCGAGUACACCGAGUGGUCGACCCGGGUCAUUCACCUCGGAAAAUGUAUUUCAAACAACCACCACCAAGACCAUCAAGUUUAUAUCAACAUGCAAGAAGAUCUCAACGUACAUCAAGGCCUGAUACUGUAGACAAGACAAACGAGGUUAAUGCUCCAAAGAAAACACCUCAAAAGUUAAAACCUUCUGGCGAAUACGUGACCUCACACGCAAGUGCUGAGACACCAGCUCCAGGAAGGAGUGUAGUGAGCUCGAGUGAAACUUCUCCUGCUCGUUCCUGGGAUUCAAAAGCAAAUGAUGACUUAAAGAACUAUAGCAUGAAUGAGACUGAAGCAAGAAAGUUAGUUUCACGCGUCUUAGACAGAGCGAAAAAGAAAACUGAUAAAGAUUAAAUCUGCAAAAAAGCAACAACGUAAAUUAUCACUGAAAGUACAAAACGUAAAAUAAAAUGAAAUACAAGCUACCAUAGUGUACAUAAUAACUAAGUAUACUAUAUAAAUACAUUUAGAAAUUUUUGAAGAUAAAAACCCUGAUAUGGAAUAUAGCUAUAGUUGUAUAUAGAGUACUAGAAUGUUCAAUUAUACACAAAAUGACUGGUAUUAUGCAUAUAUAUGUAUAUGACACACGAAUGUUUGAAAUCUUCGCUAACAGGGCAAAGACAUUCACUGUUUUAAUUAUAAAAAUAUUUGUAUCAUAUAUUUACAGAAUUAAAUUAAUAGUACAAUGUA